AUGGCACCCUCCGCUGUCGAUAUUGACGCCCCCCAACAGGACUACAUCAAACAGAAGACCUUGUUCGGCAGGGAGCCUCUGAAGUCGUCUGGCUCUCUUGACCAGUUUAAAUCCAUUGACAUCACCCCCGUUAUUGGGACGGAGUUUCCGGAGGCCAAUCUUGUUGAGUGGUUGAAUUCACCCAAAUCCGACGAGCUCCUGCGCGAUCUCGCAAUCAAGAUCUCUGAGCGUGGAGUCGUCUUCUUUAGGAAGCAGGACAAUCUCACAAACGACAUACAGAAGCAGCUCAUCCAGCGACUCGGCGAGCUGACCGGAAAGCCCGAGACGUCGAAACUGCAUAUCCACCCUAUCCUGAACUCUGAGAGAGAGCUGGGAGGUAGUGAUCCAGAGAUCAGCACUAUCAGCUCUGUUCAACACGACAAACUUUAUAAGAAGACGCCAUAUGACCAGAGCAAGAAGAUCCAGGGCAGCGCGCAGUGGCAUAGCGAUAUCGCAUUUGAGCCAGUUCCCGCGGACUACACCUCACUUCGGCUGACCCAAUUGCCUCGAACGGGAGGAGAUACUCUAUGGGCUUCGGGUUAUGAGAUCUACGAUCGAAUCAGUGAACCGUACCAGAAAUUUCUCGAGACCUUGACCGCCACGUUCGCUCAGCCGGCCUUCAACGAGGUUGCCGACAAAGGAGGCUUCCAGCUCUAUACCAAAGAAAGGGGAGCUCCGGAAAAUGUCGGCGGCGAAUUGAAGGCCAUCCACCCUGUCGUUCGAACUAAUCCGGUGACUGGGUGGAAGAGCAUCUUCCCCGUGGGCGGCCACGUCCGCCACAUUAAUGGACUGACCGAGCAGGAGAGUAAGAACUUGCUUGACUGGUUUUUGGAUUUGGUGUACAAGAACCACGACCUUCAGGUACGGUUCAAAUGGGAGAAUCCAAACGACAUCGCUAUCUGGGACAACCGCAGCGUGUUCCACUCUGCGACCUAUGACUAUCGCGGUGAAGGAGAGCGCUUCGGCAACAGGGCAGUUGGUCUGGGGGAGAGGCCCUACUUUGAUCCCAACAGCACAUCCAGAAGGGUUGCGCUGGGGAAAGUGGACAACAAUUAG